AUGAUUGAAUGUGAUGUUAAUAAUCAAAUGGCCUGUUUAUCUUGUAAGCAAUUAAACGCUUCCUGUAUUCAUUUCGAACGAGAUAUGACUCUCAGCCUCACCAGAGAUAAAAGUGUCGUUACAUUAAAAGCGAACCGUGACGCUGCUAAAGGCUAUUGCAUAAAAAGUACACGGAAAAGGAAAUGCAACCCUCUAACAGGAAACUGGGUCUUGUUCGAAACUGAUCCGGAAACGGAGACUAUGGGAUGGAUAUGCAAGUGUACGUAUCCAAAUCUCGUUACCCAAAUCAAUUUAGCCAGUGAUUGUGACGUUGAAGUUGGUUGCGGAAAGUAUGGCAAAUUUGCUCGUUCCGACAUUGAUCCUAUGUCACUUAAUUGCUUAUGUGACGACCCGUACAUAUCUGCAUUUGAUAAUAUUCGUGGACCUCAUUGCCGUUUACCAAAAAUCUUCGAAAUUAAAACGGACGUUAGUUAUUUGCCCGAUCAAGCGACGAUUCCAGUUAGUUCAACUGAUCCUGAGUUUAGGCAUAAAUUUGCUCACCCUAAUCUACGCCAUGUGCCAGAUCCGUGUAGAUUUAUCUUUGAAGGAAACGAACCGGCAGCGGGUUGUCAUACCAAUGGCGAAACCUUGGGCGUGCAUAUUUGGCCCAGUUAUUUACCCGUCGCUGACGAUUUUGGCGAAUGCAACUUUGCUAUGAAACGUACCGAAUCAAUCAUAGAAGGCUACUUGUUUUACUCACAUCCUAAAUAUUACGAUAAAAUAAUACCGAUAUACAUGACAGAUUUGGAAGGUUUACGGCGCUUUUCUUGGGCCACAAACGAACGUUUAAGGUCCAUGUGGCAGUUUCAGAUAAAAGUCGGUACGCCACCAGCAUCGAUUAAGGAUUUUAACGCGAAUAAACAUAUUUACGUUAUGAGUGCAUACAUCGAACCCGAUGUACAUAUUCCUUCUUCAGUGAUUGAUUAUCAUUACGAGGAAUCGCGUUGGUUCUCAACUACCCCGAAUCGACAAUAUAAUUGUGGGUUUUACAAUCGCUUCGGAGCGGGAUACUUGGAUUCUCCAUAUCCGAUUAAACCGUGCAUGGGACAGUGGUUAGACGGUCCAAGCUACCCGCUGCUGUCACCAUGUCGAUUAACUAAUAUCGGCGAUUACGAGGCGAAUCGAUGUUCACAGAGCGCUUGUUAUUGGCACAACUUUAUUUGGCCUAGUAACGAGAGAAAAUAUACGGAAAACCACUGGGGAUAUCCAUCGCUAAUGUUCAGAGUUGCUCAAUCUUCGCUCCAUCACGGACUGUGGAAAGCUAAACUUUUCCCACCCGUCUAUACCGACCAGAGCGACUUUAAACGGGUAUUUUACCAUGACGGUCGACGAAUCAUUUUCAAUCCGAAAGAUGUGACAGAGGCAAAUGCAAUCGUUGGACCGAAUUUCCAGCGUCGCAUAGCUCGUGAUACAGAAGCGACAGACAAGGACGACGGAGUGUCGUAUUUUGUUCACCCUUCGGGAACGCGACCCGCCUACAAAUUUCAAUCGACCAGUCUAAAAUAUCAUUUGGAUAGUUACAAUACCGAUUUCAUUCGAAAAUAA